CACGUGACCCCGGAAAGCGGAAGUCGUUGUUGUUUGGUAUUUAACGUCUAACACUAGAGUGAAGUAUGCACACAACCUGCACGGUUGUUAAUUAACUGUCCUGGCCGACGUCCCACUGAACAGGAAAAGUGGGCGCUGAUAGACAAGGAUAAACAGGAGCACCACCUGGCACGGCAGAAUUAACCCAGCUAGUGUCUGCUGCCAAAAUGUUGUCUGAAGGAGGCUCUUUCAUGAAGGGCAUGGUCAUGGGAGGCCUCUUCUGCUUGGUGCUGUCGCUCCUGGGUAGUUUCAGCCCCAGCUUGGAGUCCAGGACAGAGGACCACCACCAUCAUCAUCAUGUCAGGGCUCCGAGGAAAGAUGAGCUGACAAGGCUCUCAGGCGGGCAGAUGCAGCUGUUGAGCAAUCAAGUCCGGGUAUCUUGCAUUAUCAUGGUUCAACCCAAGAUCCUUGUUUACUGGGCUACUGCUGUCGACACCUGGAGCAAACAUUGUGAUAAGGCUGUGUUUUACACCUCUGAGUCCUCUAAGGCGCUCGAGGCAGUAGACCUGAAUGAAAAAGAUGACUGGGCGAGGUUACGUAAAGCUCUGAAGCAUGCUUAUGAGAAUGCUGGAGACCUGCGUUGGUUCUUUGUGGCACAACCCACCACAUUUGCCAUCAUCGAGAACCUCAAAUACCUGGUGCUCACAAAGGACCCCAGUGAGCCCUUCUACUUGGGUAACACUUUGAAGUCAGGGGAGCUUGACUAUGUGGCAUAUGAUAGUGGCAUUGUUCUAAGUUACGAAGCACUGAAAAGGCUAGUAAGUGUGUUCCAGGAUGAAGACAAAUGUCCAGAAAGAGGACGUUCCCUGUGGAAGCUGAGUGAGGACAAGCAGCUGGCCGUGUGUCUCAAGUAUACCGGUGUUUUUGCAGAGAAUGGAGAAGAUGUACACGGAAAGGGUCUGUUCAACAGCAAGAGUGUUGACAGCCUGAUAACGGACAGCAUGAAGGACAACCCCACUAAUGUGGUGGAAGGCUGCUGCUCCGACAUGGCAGUCACAUUCAGUGGGAUGUCUCCAAAUCAAAUGCAAGUCAUGAUGUUUGGAGUUUACAGACUUCGUCCUUACGGCCACGAUUUUCACGACUCAUUAGCAUUUUACCCUCCUGAAGGUUCAGAUAAUGAUUAGAGACUCAGUCCUUCAAGCUGGAUGUGACAUUUUAAAUUUUUUGCUUCUAUGAUGGCAAACUUAGCUGUUGGGGAAUGGUUUUUUUAGGUUGUUUGUAAAACUGGAUUGUGGGUGGGAAUAACACUUUUAUGUAAUUUGUACCUUUUGCACUUGGCACAAUCAGCACCCCCCUUUCUUUGUGGUGUAGGUAAACAGUCAAUGAGUGUGCCUUUCUAUUGAAAGACAAGCUGGGAAAUCAAGAGUCAAGAUUAUCUGGUUACUGUGAUAUUAAGUAUCCUAAAAUCUGCAUUUGUUAGGUGAUACUAUUUUCUGAAAAUGACAAGUUUCUGACAUUAUGAUUGAUCAUCUUAACUUUACUAUGAACAACUUUUUUUUUACCUCUAAGAAUACAUCACCCAGCUGAUUGAAAGAAUAAUCAUUUGAGUCAGAAAUACUGUGGCCCAGACGAGCUCUAAAUGAAGUGCCACAUUAUGCUCACUUAUCUCCACAUAUGAAGGAUCGAUCCUCAAAGCUAAAAUGAAAAAUAAUAUACCUCAGUGUUGACUCAUGGCUUUAGUGUAUUUCUUGUCAUUUACUGAAAAGAAUUUAAAAAAAAAGGAAAAAAAAAACAUUUUCAUUUUAAAAAACAUGGGUGUCAGACUGACCAGAUGAUUCCUUUUAAAAGAAGUGAAUUUUGGAUAAUAAAAGUAAAUAAAAUUAAUUUCUGAUUAAA